UUUGUUUACUAGUUUAGUACGAGUGAAUCGAAGAAGCGCGGCGCUGAUUGAAAAGUCAGAAAUUCCUAACCUGAAUUGAGUGCGGCGUUUGUGCUAUUAGUAUACAAACAGUUUUCGCUUGAGAAUAGUAUAAAAAAUAACAGUGGGGUAAAUGACUAUAAUGUCGCUGGCCCAUUAUCUGCAGAUGCUGGAGAGGUGCUGGCAUCAACAGGAUGGCCUCAAGAUUGCAGCCCUCCUCUCCCUGCGCUACGAUCAAGCUGCAAACCUUGCCCAAGAAAACCCCACGGGAAUGGUGAUGAGGUUCGUUAAACCGCCACUCGAUGAGCUUGUCAUCGCUCAUUUGAAGUGUAUGCACUAUUUACUCAUGGGCAGCUUCACUUACGCUUACAAACAGCAAAGCGUGCUGGUGCAGAAUCUCACAAAGAUUAUACAGACGCAGAAGGAGGAAAACUGGUUUCUGCCUGUCAUGUACACGACUUGCUUAGAUUUGCGGAUUUUGGCGCAAGGUGCCGAAAAGGAGCAGAUGUCAGUGAAUAAUAAGCCUGGGGAAAUCUUAGAGAAGGCUGCCGAGUGUCUGAUGGGUUGUUUCAGGGUGUGCGCAGCUGAUAACAGAUCUUCAGAGGAGAGCACCAAAAGAAUCGGCAUGCUGAAUUUGGUGAAUCAAUUGUUUAAGGUGUACUCGAAGAUCAAUAAACUGCAUCUGUGCAAGCCACUGAUUAGGGCUAUAGAAUCUUCACCGUUCAAGGAAAGUUUCUCGUUGAGUCAACAGAUAACCUACAGGUAUUACGUGGGGAGAAAAGCUAUGUUCGACAGUGAUUACAAUGCUGCCAACGAGUAUCUGACGUACGCUUUCGAGAAUUGUCACAAAGACAGCAGGAAAAACAAGAGACUGAUACUGUUUUAUUUGGUGCCUGUCAAGAUGUUGCUUGGUUACAUGCCCAGCAGGAAAGUGCUGGAGAAGUACGACGUGCAACAGUUCUGGGAUUUGGUACAAGCAGUCUCGCAGGGAAAUUUGAAAUUGUUCGAUGAACUGAUGGAGAAGCACGAGCAAUUCUUCAUCAAGUGCGGCAUCUAUUUGAUCGUCGAUAAAUUGAAGAUCAUCGCCUACAGGAAUCUGUUCAGGAAAGUCUACUUGAUUCUGAAUACGCAUCAGAUACCGGUGGAUGCUUUGCAGACUGCCCUCGUUUCUUUAGGUCAAACUGACGUAGAUACUGAUGAGACCGAAUGCAUAGUCGCGAAUUUGAUUUACGAGGGGAAAAUCAAAGGGUACAUCUCGCAUCAACAUAGAAAAGUCGUAGUCAGCAAGCAGAAUCCGUUUCCAUCGUUGACGAGUCUAACGUAGAUUUACUAGAUUUACAUUUUUAUAAGCUAAUCAAAUAAAACUGUUCGUUAUUUUAUUUUUCACACAACUUCAGUUUCAUUACAAACUACAUCAUUCUUACUAUGACAACCAGUUACUAAAUAAACAUACUUCAACUGUUUUUU